GAGGACAGACAGACCAACAGACAGACAGCCAGAGCAACAGCCCGAGCGACAGAGCGCACUCGCGCAGCGCCUUCUCUCUCCAGGGAAACCCCCCCACCCCACAAGCCAAGAUGUCCAGCAAGAGGGCCAAGGCCAAGACCACCAAGAAGCGGCCCCAGAGGGCCACGUCCAAUGUCUUCGCCAUGUUCGACCAAUCGCAGAUCCAGGAGUUCAAGGAGGCCUUCAAUAUGAUUGACCAGAACCGCGACGGCUUCAUUGACAAGGAGGACCUGCACGACAUGCUGGCCUCGCUGGGGAAGAACCCCACGGACGAGUACCUGGAGGGCAUGAUGAGCGAGGCCCCGGGGCCCAUCAACUUCACCAUGUUCCUCACCAUGUUCGGGGAGAAGCUGAACGGCACCGACCCCGAGGACGUGAUCCGCAACGCCUUCGCCUGCUUCGACGAGGAGGCCUCAGGGGUCAUCCAUGAGGACCACCUGCGGGAGCUGCUGACCACCAUGGGCGACCGCUUCACAGAUGAGGAGGUGGACGAGAUGUACCGUGAGGCGCCCAUUGACAAGAAGGGCAACUUCAACUAUGUGGAGUUCACGCGCAUCCUCAAGCAUGGCGCCAAGGACAAGGACGACUAGGCCAAGCCCCCCCCUCGACCUCCCCGUGCCCCCAUGCCCCCGGCUGCAGCCCCACCCCCAUGAGCUGGGCCCUCCUGAGGGAGCCUCCCUGGAGAGAAGGGGAGGAGACAGCCCCAAGUAUCCGCGAGAGGCUCAUGCCCACCCUCCCAGGGAGAGAACCCCCAACUCGGGCACCCCAAGAAGGCUCUCAGAGACCCCUACACCUGGGGAUCCCCCCAGGAAGAGCCCUGCAUCCCGGUCCUGAUCCGGAACCCCACUUCACGUGCACGCACCCAGGCCCUCCAGGCCCCUUCCCAGCACCACUACAAACCCACGAGCACCCCAGGCUGGGCCACAGACCUUCCCCUCUCCCCCUCCCCAGAGGCAGCAGUGACGGGUCUGCCCAGUGCAGGCAGGAGUGAACAGAAUAGAAGGCUG